ACAGUAUAGUUUGGAUCCAUAAACCUAUAAACAGAGAUUUUAUCGUUCAGCGCAAAGAAAAAAGGUUAAUUUCUCCACGUAACUCAUCGGCAAUGGCAACAUCGUCGAUAGCGGCGGCGCAUAAUCGGCGAACGGUCCCCGUCUCUGAGGACACGGAUUUCGAAACAACGGAGGGCGUGAAGGUGAUUGGAAGCUUUGAGGAGAUGAUAACAAAAGACGAAUUACUCCGCGGAAUCUACCAAUACGGUUUCGAGAAACCGUCACCAAUUCAACAGCGUGCCGUUCUUCCUAUCGUUCAGGGCCGUGACGUCAUCGCUCAGGCUCAAUCUGGUACCGGCAAGACCUCCAUGAUUGCUCUAACUGUUUGCCAGGUUGUUGAUACCUCUGUAAGAGAGUUGCAGGCUUUAAUUGUGUCUCCGACGAGGGAACUGGCAUCACAAACUGAAAAAGUUAUAUUGGCUAUUGGAGAUUUCCUAAAUAUACAAGUGCAUGCUUGCAUUGGAGGCAAAAGUGUGGGAGAAGACAUAAGGAAACUUGAACACGGAGUUCAUGUAGUAUCUGGAACUCCUGGUCGAGUCUGUGACAUGAUCAAAAGGAGAACGUUGCGCACGGGGGCUAUCAAGUUGUUAGUUCUGGAUGAAUCGGAUGAAAUGCUGAGCAGAGGGUUUAAAGAUCAAAUUUAUGAUGUGUACAGAUACCUCCCACCUAAUCUUCAGGUUGUCUUGAUUUCCGCUACUUUACCCCAUGAAGUACUGGAGAUGACAAAUAAGUUCAUGACGGAUCCUGUAAGGAUUCUAGUAAAACGUGAUGAAUUGACCUUAGAGCGCAUUAAGCAAUACUUUGUUGAGGUUGAGAAGGAGGAAUGGAAGUUUGAUACUCUGUGCGAUCUUUAUGAUAGACUUACUAUAGCUCAAGCUGUUAUAUUCUGCAACACUAAGCGAAAGGUUGACUGGUUAACCAAAGAAAUGUGCAACAAUAAUUUCACAGUUUCAUCAAUGCACGGUGACAUGCCUCAGAGAGAAAGAGAUGCAAUUAUGGAGGAAUUCCGUACUGGAACAACCCGUUUAUUAAUAACAACAGAUGUUUGGGCUCGUGGCCUUGAUGUACAGCAGGUUUCUCUGGUUAUUAAUUAUGAUCUUCCAAAUAAUCGAGAGCUGUACAUUCAUCGGAUUGGUCGUUCUGGACGUUUUGGACGAAAGGGUGUUGCAAUCAAUUUUGUGAAGAGCGAUGAUACAAAGAUCUUGAGAGAUAUUGAGCAAUAUUACAGUACUCAGAUUGAUGAUCUUCCAAUGAAUUUUGGUGAUCUUAUAUGAAAGGGCAUGCGGUAUGCUGGUUGGAGUGUGUUUGUCAAAUUUAUGCUGGGAACUAGUGUUUGAUUGUGGUUUGGUUUAACUACUUUUUAUUUUACGAACUUCUUAUAACACUUUGACAUUCGGUCUAUUAUGCGCUCGACUGAACUAGAGAUAACGUUUUUCUUUGUCGUUAUGACAGAUAAAUUUUUAAA